AUGGCCGCUUGCAACAUGGAUGUCUGGUUGAUCUACCCAUCAGUGGUUGGACUGAUAUUGCUCUGCUAUGCUGCUGUGUACGUCGUACGCCAGAGAUUCAGGCCAGGGAUGAGCUCUAUUCCCGGUCCCUUUGUGGCGUCAUUCACAGAUCUCUGGCGCUUCCUGGCCGUAUACAAUGGCAGAUUCGAGGUCAUUUCGCAGGCCUUGCACGACAAGUAUGGCGACCUGAUUCGAGUAGGCCCGAGGUGCGUCAGUGUGGGAGACCCGAGGGAGAUCAGGCAGAUUUAUGGCAUAUCGAGAUUAUUUCAGAAGGUGACAGAAGGAGCCCGACAGUCCGAGUACUACAGAGUGGCGCAGCCUCUUGUGAAUGGUAAACCAGUUGCCUCGCUCUUCAUGAUCACCGACGAGGAUCAACACAAGGCGGCAAAGCGACCCAUCGCGCACGCGUACGCCAUGACCAGCUUGCUGGAUUACGAGCCGUUUGUGGACAGCACUUCGCGCACGCUGGUCGAGCGACUGGCAGCCCUGUACGCCGACACGGAGAAGGUGUGCGACUUUGGCGAGUGGCUCCAGUGGUACGCAUUCGACGUCAUUGGCGAAAUGACCUUCAGCAGCCGCUUCGGCUUCCUCGAACAGGGCCGUGACGUUGGCAACAUCAUCAAGACGCUGAACAAGUCGGGAGCGUACACGGCCAUCGUCGGCCAGAUGCCCUGGCUGGACUACCUGCUGGCCAAAAACCGGCUCUGGGGAGGCGUAUUUUCCAAGGACAAGCUGGGCGUCUCCAAGUUUGUCCUGCAGUUCUUGAAGCCCCGGAUCGAGGAGGCCGAUCGGGUACGGCUUCGUGAAAACGAUGGCGGCGAGAAGGCUCAGGGUCAGGCCACCCUGGAUUUCAAGGACCGCACCGACUUCACGGCCAAGUUCAUCUCCGCCUUUGACAAGUAUCAUGGCUUGAUACCUCAGUCACAAUUGCUAGGCUGGUCGCUCAGCAAUAUCAAUGCGGGAUCGGACACCAGUGCUAUCACUCUACGUGCAAUUUUUCACUUUCUCCUCCUCAACCCCUCGGCUAUGUCCAGACUGAUGGCGGAACUGGAAUCUGCCGACCUGUCACCACUCCCGCAGUGGCGCGAGACGAGCAACCUCCCCUACCUCGGUGCUGUGAUUAAGGAAGCCCUCCGACUCCACACGCCGGUCGGCCUCAUCCUUGAGCGUGUGGUGCCCGACGGCGGCGUGACUCUCUGCGGCCACUUCUUCCCCGAAGGCACCAUCGUCGGCUGCAACCCGGCGGUCAUCCACAAAGACAAGCGUGUCUACGGCCGGCGAUACUCGGUCGAGGAGUAUCGCCCGGAGCGCUGGCUGGAGGCCGACGAGGAGGAGAAGGGCGAGAUGGAGAGAUGCUUCAUGGCCUUUGGGAGCGGUAAGAGGACCUGCAUCGGGAAGAAUAUCAGUCUGUUGGAAGUGCACAAGCUGGUCCCGCUGCUGUUGAAGCGCUUCAAAUUGCGACUCGUGGAUCCCGAGAAGAAGUUGACUAUCUGGAACACCUUCUUCGUCCAUCAGAAGGGUCUGGAGGUUUACAUUGAGACAGCCUAG